CAUUUGUAAAAGGAAGGGUUGGAGGAGGAGAGCGAGGGCUGUUGUUUCCAUGAGUGAGCUGAUAACUUUUUACCAUCUUGACAAACUUUUUUGUUUUUCCUACUGCUUACAAACGUCGCUGUGUUGCAGCUUCCGCUUUGACAAGGGUUUGUAUUAUUUAACAGCAGGGAAGUUUGUAACCAAACAUUUUAGUGGAAAAUCAAUCAGUCUUAUCUGCCUUGAAAGAAACUUGCUCUAUGAACUCUCCACCCUGAAGCUCCACUCAUCACCAUACUGUCAGAUAAACAGUCUGCAAAACGAGACGGCCCCCAUCUCCUCCUUGUACACCCACGCAGGUCAUCACCACCGUGGAUCGUUUCUUAAGAGCUUUUGUUUGGUGUGACAAACUCUAAAAAGAAGCAGUAACGCCGGGCAGAUGGAGUCUUCUUUGGAGUUUUCCGGCUCUCUGGGGAGUGUUUCGUCUCUUUUAACCCGUUGCCGGACUUUCAAAGUGCUUGUGAUCGGAGACUCCGGGGUGGGAAAAACCUGCCUUACGCACCGACUGUGCGCAGGAGAGUUCCCCAUCAGAGUGGAGGCCACCAUCGGGGUUGACUUCCGCGAGCGAGUGCUUGAUGUUGAUGGAGAUAGAAUUAAGCUCCAGCUGUGGGACACGGCGGGACAGGAGCGCUUUCGGAAGUCCAUGGUCCAACACUAUUACCGUAACGUCCACGCGGUGCUCUUUGUUUAUGACGUCACCUGUCCGGCGAGUUUUAAUGGGCUGACUGCUUGGAUAGAGGAGUGCCGGCAAAACUCAGUGGGUCAUGAAAUACCCAGAUUCCUGAUUGGAAACAAGAGUGACCUCCGUAAUCCCAGCAGGACUGAGCGACAGGUGAGCCAGGAGCAGGCAAUGAGCUUCGCCAAAAGUCAUGGCAUGAUCUUCUAUGAGACAUCUGCCAAGAAUCCACAAAAGAAGAGGAUGAACCGGGGAGGUGGCGACAAGGAGGUGGUUUAUCAGCAGGAUGAGGUGGAGGACAUUGUCACUGCUGUUGGCAUCACUCUGAAGAGACAUAAACUUUCAGCAGUGAAUUCCCUGACAUACAGUGGCUCCUUUAGAAUCGUUAACAAGAAAAGACCAGAGAAAGAGAUCUGGAGCUGCUGCUGAGUGACAGACGACUGUUGAAUUUUCCUGACUGAAGACUUUUUUUUUUCCUUUUUUUUAAGCUUUUUCUUUUAGUUUGUACAAAUGUGAAUGUCUGUAAAAAUUAAAAUAAAUUUUUGACCAGUU